AUGAUUUAAAACAAUUUUCAAAAAUCUUAACCAUUUCAAAUACUCAAUUAUAAUAAAAUCAUUCAAAAAAAUAUCAAUCCUGUCAUUGAAGCCUAAAAACUAUAAUGUAAAUAAAUUGAAACUAAUCUAAUUUAACUAAAAGAAAAUAAAAUUAAAAUUAUUAAAUCCCCUCCUAAAACAGAACGUAAUUUAAGAUCUCCUUAAUUAUCUAGAUAAUCAUCAAAUACAAAAAUUAAAAUAGAAAAUCAAACUACAAAACGACCUCCUUAAUUAAAAUCUAGAUAAGUAUCAUUAGGUAAUAUUAAAUUAACAAAGUCUUGUUAAAAUACUGCUAGAAAUAAUCUUUAAUAAAAUGAAUUAUUAUUAGAAUUAACUAAAAAAAGUAUUUUCAACUAAAAUUGCAUUUAAUAAUAAUUUAUUAACCAAAAAGAAAACAAUUCCUUAAUAAGCUAAUAAUUUUUUUGUUAAAGGUAAGAACUAAUUUUUAAUUUAAUAUCAAAAAUGUGGAAGAAAUUAAAAGUUUAACUAUUCGACACAAGACUCCAAGUUAAUUAAUAAAAUCACAUUAAGGAACUUGAAAAUAUAAAAAGAAAUAAUAAUGAACUUUAACUAAUAGUUGUAUAUUCAUUUGUUUUAUUUAAAUUAAAUAUUCUAAGUUUAAGGAUGUUUUUUAUGUUGAUAUAAUUAAUUUUAAUUUUGUAGCUGUUAUGAACAAUCAAUAAAUUCAAAGUCCUCAAAUUUUCAAUACUCACUAUUUAAGAACAGAUUAUAAGGGAAAAACAUAACCUUUAAUUGUCAAUUUAAAUCAAUCUAGAUAAAGUUCAAAGGCACUUUCUGUGGAUAGGGGUAUACGAUUCAUAAAAAUUAGCCUUUUUUAGUAAAACUUAAGUAAGCAAAUGAGAAUGUGGAGCAACUUAUAGAUCUAUGGCAAAGACAUAAAUCGAUAACACAAUGCACUCCAACUCAUAUAUCAUAAUCAUUUCAUUAUCAUUUUACUACAUAGAAAAAUGAGAGUUUUGUGAUUGGUAAAUAUUUAUAUAUUUAAAUAUUAGAGGAAAUACCAGAAACAAGAGAAGUAAGUCCAUUGAAACCAGAAGAAAUAAUAAUAAAACCAAGAUAAUUAUUUGAGAUCAAUUAAUCAACAUCUAAGUUACCUUCAACUAAUCAAUAAUACUAAACUCACAAGAAAACAAGUUCUUUAUAUGUUGGUGCUUUAUCAAGUAGAAAUAUAUAUCAAUUAAAUAUUUAGAGAGUGAUGCUUUUUCAGGUACUAAAAAAGUAGCUAAAGAAAAUAUGAAAAUAUCAAAUAAUGGAGUAUCUAGCAAUAAAAAAUCAUAAUUUAAUUCAUCUUCUAAAAAAUUACCUAAAGAACUUUCAUCUAUAAUUUUAUCAUUAUAAUCUAUUUAAAAGUCUUUAAUACCUUAUUAUUAAAAAUAAGAUAAAGGUAAGAAAACAGAAAUAGAUGAAUAAUUUAAUAUUUUAAUAAAUCAAAUAAAGAGCGAUUUCACAAAAUGA